AUGCCCUCCGGUUGCUACUACUGUAGCUACUGCUGUGUCACACCGUGUAAAAACAACGGUAAAACGCACAAGAAACCCGGCACAAAGUUUUUCCGAAUCGCACGUGACGCAAGGUCAAAAUCUUGGCUCGACUAUGCCAAGAGGUAUGAUCUUCUUGGAAAGUCUGCUUCGCAACACCAUGCCACCUAUCGCGUCUGCAGUGAUCACUUCACUGCAAAAGAUUUUAUGGACCCAGGGCAAACAACCCUAGUGCGAUCAGCUGUGCCUACUGUUCGUCCUCCCAUAAACUGGGCAUCUGCAAUAGGUCCCACUCAGGCAACCAGCUCAUCUGGCCCUUCACUCCAGUGCAGCUCCGUCGCAGCGAGCCGUUCUGUGCUAGACCAGGCAGAGCCCGACAGACUGCAGAAUUCACCACUUACAUGUAGCUCCGCAGUAAUGCACUCUGCAGCACUCGACCCAAGUCAGGCAACCAGCUCUUCUGGUCUUUUCGCUGGCCACUGUGGUCCAGGUCAACACUCUGGUCCAAACCAUCCUGCACCUGUUUUCCGCAAGCUCACGAAAAGGCCCGAGGACGUUAUCAAGCGACUCCAGGCGAGAAUUUCCAGCUACAGAAAGGCGAUAGCCAGACUGCGGAAACAGCAGCUGAAGACGCCUCAGACAGCUUCUCAAGCUCUGGAAAUAAUUCGGCCUCAUGUUUCUGAAGAGGUAUUUCACCUCAUAUCAUCGCAUGUAAAGAAUAGGUCGAAGGGCAAGGGGAAGCGAUUUUUACUGUGGCUGAAGAAAUUUGCGCUCCAUCUGAAUUCGCAUGGACCGCAUGUCAUCGAUUGUGUCAAAAACAAAGUCAUGGAAUGA